CUUAUAUUUCGACGGCCAAAAGCUUUAGAGAAAGAGGAGAGAGAGAGAGAGAGAGAGAGAGAGGAGAAGCGAGCGGAGGGAGUCGAAAGGGAUGGCGGAGAGUCGGAGCUCGCUUGGAUCGAUCAGGAGUUGGGUUGUGGAGCACAAGCUUCGAACCGUCGGGUGCCUUUGGCUUAGCGGGAUCGGGAGUUCGAUCGCCUACAACUGGUCUCGCCCUAACAUGAAAACCAGCGUCAAGAUCAUCCACGCGAGGUUGCAUGCACAGGCUCUUACACUAGCUGCCUUAGCUGGAGCUGCAGUGGUUGAAUACUAUGAUCAGCAGUCAAAACCACGAUCAGAUGUGGACAAAUAUCCGAAUCAAUUUAUCGCACAUCCGCAAAAAGAUUAAAGAAUCUAGUGCACAUGGUUUUGAACUUGAUUCUGCACCAUUGGAUACUGGCAAUAAACUCUCAGAUCACUUGAUUUUUUUAGAGCAUUAUAUGCAAACAUUUGCACUAAAAAGCCUUUUUCUAUAGAGGUAGAGUUUAAAUUCUGUCAUUGCCAAAAUCAUUUGAGGGCAUUGGCAUUUUGAUGAUGAUGUUUACACUGGUAUUCCGGUAUGGAAUCGGUAUCUUAUGCAUCCAGUGAAAACAAACCACUUUGUGUUAUUAGUUCCGUUGAUUAUCAUAUCCUAGUUUGUGUGGUGCUUUCUGGAGA